GAAAAGCUACUGUAGCCCCCUCAUCUUCAACUACUCAUAAUCACCCGCCAAUCUAAUAUACUCCCGCCCAUAUCAUCUCUUCUCCCGCUCACAUCAUCUUCUCCCGCCCUCAUUAGGGCUUUUGUUCAGAACAAUUGCAAGAAACUAAAGAAAGCAAACCCUAGGUUGCCCAUUCUCAUCCUCGAGUGCAGCGGCACCGACCCUCAGUUGUGGGCUGGAUACGCUUUGAGUAUGGAUUCACAAGACCAAGGUAUGUACUACACCAACCUUCUUCAUGGAAACUCUAUUGUAAGCCUUGACGACUCUCCACCCUUACCCACUAAUCCAAUCAGCAUUAAGAAAUCAACAAGGGGUGUGAAUUUCAUCCCGGAAGAAGACAAGCUACUUGUCUCUGCCUGGCUUAAUCAUAGCCUUGAUGCCAUUCAAGGAACGGAUCAGAAAUACUCUCAGUUAUGGGAAAAAAUCUUUGAGUACUUUCAACAACAUAAAGAAACCACAACCGAGCGAACGAUCAAGUCCUUGUCGAAUCGAUGGUCUUGUAUUCAAAAGGCCACAAAUAGCUUUUGUUCGUGCCUAGCUCAAGUUGAACGAUUAAAUCAAAGCGGCAUGACUGAGCAGGAUAAGUUUGACAAGGCGAAAAUUAUGUACCAAUCAGAAGAAAAGUGCAACUUUCUGUUUGAGCAUUGUUGGAACCUAUUAAAGGACCAACCUAAAUGGAUUUUACGGGAUGCCGCAAAGCAAAGAAAGACGAUGGUCCCACCUCCGACCCCAACCACAACCCCAUCCCCAUCCCCAACGCGAAAUGUGAUUGAAGAUGAAGUUGUCGAAUUGGAUCGACCAAUGGGUAAGAAAGCUGUUGUACAAAAACGAAAGGCUGAAGGUAAGCAAACUGAGGAAAUUAUUCAACUCAAAAAGAUGAAGUUUACACUUUUAGAGGAGGCGCAGGCUCAAGAGAAAGAGUAUUUUCGCCUUAAGACCGAGAAGAUGGAGUAUGAUAAGAAAGCAGAAGAUGAAAGGUUGAGGUUACUGUCAGAAAAGUUAAGGAUUGAAGCUGAGAAAACAGAGCUUGCAAAGAAGGAAUCGGACCAGCGGAUUAUGAUGAUGGAUAUGAGCGGUAUGACAGAAAUCCAACGACUGUAUUUUGAAGAACUUCAAAAGGAAAUCGUAAUGAGGCGCGACCAUGCCUGAGAUAAUCAGCUUUGAACCGAACACUAGCGCGUUUUUUGGGUGCUACACGGAAAUAUUACCAUCUAUAUUUUGGUGUUACAAGGAAGUAUUACUACACAUAUUUUGUAGCUUUGUCUAACCUCAUACUUAUGUGUUUUUGGUGUUACGUGUAAAUCCAUUGUGUAGGCUGUUAAAUAGGUCAAACUUGGCAUGAUUUGGUAUUGAUCUUAAACUGUUGUUUGUAGUCUGAUGGUAGUGAAAUAGAUGGUAUCAUAUUUGAUUUGAUCAUUAUUGUU